AGAAGCCAGGGUUAAAAUUGGUUUUGAACCUGAAAGGAGCGUCCACCCCAACCCCGGAGCCUUUAGCUGAUGUGUACCAUGAAGAGAAAAGACACAAACACAAGAAGAAGAAAAAGAAGAAGUCAAGUGAUAAAGAGAAACACAGGCACCAUGAGAGCCGCAAAAGGGAGCGAAUGUUGUCAGAAAGUGAAUCUGUGACCUUUCCGGACCAUUAGAACCUCCAGCCAAGAAGAAAGCUGUGGAGCCAGAACUGGCUGUUCCCAUGGAGGAGGAGGUAGAGAAAAAGGGGAGAGAACCCCGGGCUUGCACCAUCAGAGAUGAUGAACCCAGCGUACUGAAGAUGUGUCUGGAUUACCUUCAUAAACAACUUCUCAGAAAGGACGUACACGGCAUAUUUGCCUACCCUGUAAAUGAUCUAAUUGCCCCUGGGUACUCCAGCAUCAUCCAGUACCCCAUGGACUUCAGCACUAUGGGCCUCAAGCUAGAAGAUGAAGACUACAAUAGUGUGGCAGAGUAUAAGCGAGAUUUUGUCCUGAUGUGCAAUAAUGCCAUGACCUAUAACCAGCCAGAGACAAUAUUUUACAAGGAGGCCAAGAGGUUACUACAGAGUGGCUCCAGAAUCCUCAGUAAGGAAAAGCUCUUGUUUUACAAAAGAAGCCUAAGCUUUAUGGCCAACAUCACCUUGGAAGAGCUGGGCCUGGACCAGGCUGGGGAAGAGCUCACCAUCGCAGUUGACAUGGCUGCUGAAAAAGCAGCUGAGAGGGAGAGAGCACUGGCCCGCGAGAAGAAGAAAAAACCUAAACAAAACAAAUUUGAGGCGAUUCCUGACAACCUUACCCCUGAGGAGAUCCUAGAGCAGGCUCAGAUAGCAGCUAAGGGUGCGACAGAUAGACUCACCCUCAGGCAGCCUGACAGUAAGUUUGGCUUUUUACGGAGGAGGGAUGAUGGAAGCACAACAUUCAACAUCCUUAACCCCGAUAACGAUGGCAUAGUGAGCGAGACGGAACGUAUUGUCAGCCUGGGCAUGUUGAUGGGGAAGCUGACCUCUGGGACAGGAAGUAUGGCCGGCUUCAAGGAGGACAAGAGGAACAAGGUUGUGCCAGUGAGUUACUUAAAUUAUGGGCCCUUCAGUUCCUUCGCCCCGACCUACGACUCGUCCUUUGCCAAUGUUACCAAAGAGGAAUCAGACUUGCUGCUGUCUACGUAUGGGGAUGACACAGGAGUGCAAUAUGCCAGAAGUGUGCUAAACUUUGUGGAGAAUGCUGGAAGUUUUGCUGUCAAAAUGGUGGAUGAGAUUUUAGACAACCUGACCAAAGGUGAACAUAUGAAGACUCAGAGGACUUUAGACCAGAAUGCAAAAGAUGGUACAGAGAAGGCUGAGGGUCAGGAUAAAUCAGACAAGAAAAAGAAAAAGUCCAAGGGCUCCAAGUCUCCAACGGCUAAACCAGAGACAGUGGACAUUAACUCAGUCAGAUCUUUGGCACAGAUGGGCGUGGAUGUCUCCUUCCUGGACACCUUUGAGAAAGAGAUGAAGGAGAAGAAAAUCCAGGAGACUCAGCAGAAGCUUGACAACACGGCUGAGCUCAUCCAGAACCUGCAGAAAACACAGCACGAGCGCCUCAGCAUGAAGCCUCCGCAUCAUUUGGCUCACGUGCCCGGGCCGUCAGAGAAAGAGGUCAAACUAGCUGAUAAAGUCUGUCAGGAGUUGAAAGAGCUGGCGAAGGAGGUGGCCCCAGGAGCGAUAUCCUCUGUGAAGAGCAUCCGGCAGGCAAUGGGCGUGUCCCUCAGCCCCGUGGUAGGGGCAGGUGGUGAGGACGGAGGGGAUGCCCACUCACAGGCCCCGACACAGCUUAGCCAUGACGAUGCAGUCACAGCAGACAUAGAUCGUGAGCUGCAGGAGUUCCUGGAACAGGGUCCUGGGCUUAAGGUGUGUGAGUCCCCAAGUCUGGAGAAGGACAUGGAUAUAACAGACUCUCCACUGGCCCAAGUACCACUGUCAUAGCUACCACUGAUAUCAGUACCACUGUCAUAGCUACCACUGAUAUCAGCAUCACUAUCAUAGCUGCCACUGAUAUCAGUACCACUGUCAUAGCUACCACUGAUAUCAGUACCACUGUAAUAGCUACCACUGGCCCCAGUACCACUGUCAUAGCUACCUCUGGUAUCAGUACCACCGUCAUAGCUACCACUGGUAUCAGUACUACUGUUAUAGCUACCACUGUCCCCAGUACCACUGUCAUAGCUACCACUGAUUUCAGCACCACUGUCAUAGCUACCACUGGUAUCAGUGCCACUGUCAUAGCCACCACUGAUAUCCAUACUGCUGUCAGAAGUACCAAAAUCAUAGAUACCAUUGGUAUCAUUACCAUUGUCAUAGCUAACACUGGUAUCAGUAGUGCUGUCAGAUGUACCACUAUCAUAGUUACCAUUAGUAUCAGUUCCGCUGUCAUAGCUACCACUAGUAUCAGUUCCGCUGUCAUAGCUACCACUGGCUCCAGUACCACUGUCGUAGCCACCACUGGGCCCAGUACCACUGUCAUAGCUACCACUGGCCCCAUUACCACUGUCAUAGCUACCACUGGCCCCAGUGCCACUGUCGUAGCUCUGCCAUAGCUACCACUGGCCCCAGUACCACUGUCAUAGCUACCACUGGGCCCAGUACCACUGUCAUAGCUACCACUGGGCCCAGUACCACUGUCAUAGCUACCACUGGGCUCAGU